UGCGCAUGCGUGGUACACGUAAAAAUCAACAUGGCUGCUUGUCAUUCAUCACGAUAGACAUGAACCAAUAGUUUACACUUUACAUGGAUUUGUUUGAACAUUUGUACACUGAUUAGGGAAAAUCUUCAGUGAAGCACAUAUUUUACGAUAUCGGCUGUACACCUCCACGAAGAAAUCUGGGCAACUUAAUUAGAAGACUGAUGUUGGCAACCUGGUGAAAUCCUCGUAGAUAUUGUGCAUUUCAUGCAUAAUAUGGUCUAAACAUUUAUUCGACAGUCACACAAUGAGUAACUGGAACAAUCCCCAGCAACCAGUGCCCGGACAAGUGCAGUUUUUUGACCCAACAAAAUUCCAGUCAGCUGUUCCUGCAAAUCAGCCCAAUGUAGGCCAUAAUGCUGCGCCACAGCAUCAGGCAAAUAGCCAGGCAGAUGGUCAAGGUGGUUGGACUAGUUGGGGAGCAUGGGAUCCCAGAGCAAAUCCAUAUGCUUCUGAUUUCAAUGCAGCUGGAGCAGCAGUAGAUAAGGAUAAUGUUGGUCCUGUUCAACAUUCAGUCCUAGACCAGCAACAGUGGUAUGGCCAAGCCCAGUGGAAUCAAAGUCAGGGAGAUAGUGGUAAUGUGAUUGAACAGAAUGGUUAUAUUUGGGAUCAGCAUUCCGGGCAGUGGUUACCUAAGCAACAGGAAGGAGAUCCAAAUCAGUAUGGAAUGUACAAUAAUUACUGGGAGGGUCAGAAUGGCUAUGAAGGGUAUGAGUUUCAAGGGAAUUCUCAAAAUAGUGCUCAGCCUGCUAAUGUAUCAAAUGGGGAAUUUAUAGGUGAGCAAGCUAAUUUUGUGCAGUCUCAAAAUCCCGAGUUUACGGGAACAAACAAUGGGUUCAACUAUGGGGUUGAAAAGGUUCACCAAAAUAUACAAGAUGUCUCCCAGUCCACUGAAGAGAGUCAGAGUACAGACAGGUCACUGGGAAAUGUAGAAGGCGGUGAAGAGGAUAGAGUUGAUGAUGAAUAUGAAGAAGAAAGUGAUGAAACGGAUGAGUACUCUGAAGAUAGUGAUGUUGAAGAUGAUUCAAAUCUUAAUUCAAUUAGUAAUGCUAGUACUGGUGCUAUUUUUGAAACUGAGAAUGAGGGUUACAAAGGUGGGAGUUCUGAGUUUGAUGUUCAAAUGUCAAAUGAGGGUAUACCAUUACCCACACAUAGUGGAAAUCAUGAACAAGUAGGGACAGAAUUAGCAUACCAAAUGCAAACAUUAAAUAUGCAAGAAGAUAGUGUUCAAAAUAGUCAAAUGAUAGGUGUAUUUGCAGAGCCAAAUCAGUAUGCAUCAGCUGUGCCAAUGUUUCCACCAACAAUCGAGGCAUCAAAUGUACCUUUAUAUGUGCAACAAACAGAAAGUUUUAAUUACAGCCAUGACAUUGGGGCAAAUGCAAACACUAAUAUUAAUAUGCCUACCAGUAUUGUUCAAGCUAUUCAACAAGUAUCAAUUUCCCAAGAUCGAGAAGCUGAAAGAAGUGAUGAACAUUCUGACCCGCCAUCAAAGGCCACUACAACCCCAACUUUCAGUGACUGGGAAAUGGUGCCCGGUAAUAUUGGUGAGUCUCAACACCCACCCCCUGUCCUGCAACAACAAAGCACUCAUAGUAGAAACGUUUCUCUGGACAAUAAUGCACCAGUAAAGUUUUUCAUCAGCUCAACUAAUAGUUCAGCUAGGGUGUCACCAGCUUCUGCGAGUAAAGUGGGUGAUGACCUGGAGCAUAAUGUACAAGAGGCAGUAGAUAAACUUCAUAAAGCAGUGCCAAGUGUUCCGGAAAAAGAUCACAGCGUUCAGACAUUUUCUAGCACACUUCCUGAGACCCCAAAACCCCCAGUCCAAGCAGUUGCGCCACCACCUGUUCCUCCAAUUUCUGGUCCCUCUGUUGGCGCAAAUCCAUUUAGGAAGAAUAAAACGGAUCUACCAAAAGGAAAAUCUUCAGAAGAUGUUAGUUUGUUAUCAUCAACCCAACUUGAUAUGACGCGGCCUAAUUUUGAAAAUAGUCCUGUGGUAUUGGGUUCGACAAUAUCGCCAAUAUUGAGAACUAAUGGGAAUCAAAACAAUAAUGAUGAUGAAAGUCCGGAAUUUCAGCUUUCUACUAAAACAAAAGACGCAUCUGAAACACCUAAUUCUCGGAAAUCAGGGAGUACAGUUCCUGAAAGCCCUAUAAUGCCAAGGAAAGAAAGUGCGUUCAGGCCCCCAAACCAAGAUCCAAAAUCAAAACCAAUGAAAGCCUCACAUGACAUUGCUGGCUUUAGUGAGCAGCAACAAAGUAAUGAAGUCUCCAAACAAGUUAAUCUGGCAAGAAAAGAUAGGGAAGAAUCUAAAAUAAUGGAAAGAAAAGAUCGUGGUAACGACAGAAAAACACCAGAUUGGGAUUGGAAUGAGAGAAAGAAUGACAGAAGGACACCGGAUCGUGAUAUGGGAAACAAAAAGUAUGACAGAAGGACACCUGAUCGUGAUACUGGAAGAAGUGAAAAGGGGUAUGAGGAGAGAGAAAGGGGAUAUAGUGACAGGGAUAGAGACUACGGGAAUAAAGAAAGAGACCGAGGGCGUUACCCUGAAGAUAAGCUGGCCUCACGACCCCCAGCAGGAAGCAAUGUGGGGGACCGACGUCAGCGACAGUCUGCUUUCCACCAUAUUCAGACUCACCGGAGUCGAAACAGUGUGUCACCAGCAGCUUCCCUGUUGGAUGUAGCAGACACUGUGCCAGCUGUCUCAAAUAUACUACUUGCUCCUGCGAGGGGUUUAGUGGGAAAUACGGACAAGUCUCUCAGCUCCGUAACUGGUCCUUCUGAACUGAACCCUGUCGUGUCUUUAAUAAGCUCAAUGAGUGAGCAGAUCCAAGCCGUUGACAAAGAUGAAAAGGGUAAAAGAGUAUCAAAGAGUAGAGAUGACCUUGAACGGGACAGGGACCGUGAUGACAGGUAUAAGGAAAGGGAUAUUUCAGACAGAGAUCGCUUAAGGGAUAAUAGGGACAGGAAUGACUCAAGGGAUCUCGACAGGCCCCGAAAAGUCGAUAGAGACAAUGAACGUGAAGGUUUACGUGGAAACAGGUCCUACGAUAAUCUGCGCGACAGGAAUCUUAAGGAUUCUCGAUACAACUCUCGUGAACAGUUGAGCAUGUAUGGUUCACGGAACUCACUGGAUGGGGAUGACUCGCGCGAUCGAAGUCGUCGUGGGAACAGCAGGGAUCGAGAUAGAGACCGUAGUUACAGAGACGAGUAUUACGACCGAUACAGAGACAGAGAUCGUGACAGGCCCCCUAGCCGCAGCUCCGUGCUGGACGGCAGUCGCCGUGACUACCGGGGAGACAGGGACCGUGACUACUACAGGAGGGAGCGACCUGAUAGGGACCGCACUGACAGGGACAGACCAGACAGGGACCGGACUGAUAGGGACAGGCCCCGCUCCAGACAAGGUGACAGAGACAGGCCGGUGUCUAGAAUAGCUGACUCAGAGAGGCCCAAGUCUCGCGGCGACUAUGAACGGGAAUACAGGGACAAGUAUAGAGACAAAGAACCAGGCACGAAUACUUCAGGAUUCGACUACGAGGACUAUUACCGUAGAGGUGGGCAAUACUAUGAUCGGCAGUACUACGACUACUACUACGGUACCUAUGGCCAGCCAGGGGGUGGUUAUUAUGACGAGUAUGGCUACUACAGGACCGACAUUGGUCCCCCAAGGUACCCCGACCCUUACCAGAUGCGAGCCCGCACGGGUACCCCAGGGUCCCUGUCAGAAGGGGGACAGGAAAUUGCUAGUUUAGCGGAAAAGAAUAAAAGUUCGGCAGACAAAUCAGAUAGCAAAAAGAGGUUUGAGUAUCCUCCAGAGUUGUAUGACUAUUCCCGUACCGGCUACGAGGAUUACCAUGGUUACGAAUACAACGGUUACAGAUGGGACCCGGAUGUAUCGGCGUGGGUCGAAACAACUACGGACGUUAUACCACAGCGUCAAACCCCAGAGAAGUUCAUGAUUCCACAUCGCCGUGCUGCGUUCGGUCCCAACGGUCAGCUGGUCAGCGUGCUGCCCAGUCGGCCUGCUGACGGGGAGCCAGCCACAGUGGAGAUCCACAACGUACAGGCAAUGCUGGAGGUGAAUCAGGAGUCACAGGAACUGGCAGACUUCCCUGGGCCCCUAGUCAGGGGCGACACUCACAAGAAUGACGUGCUGCUGUACUGUCAGAGCAAGGCACGAGCCUGCGCAGAGAACAUGGCGCUGGAGGACCGAGACUCAGCGGAACUGAUUUGGCGCUUCCUGGAGCUUCUCAUCAAGCAGAACGGCACGGUGGUGGGCACGGACAUAGCUGACCUCCUGCUGCAAGGUCACGAGCCCACAACCCAGGACUACCGCAAGACUGGCAUGCAGAUCACGCCUAGCAGUGACCACCUCGAGGCAGACGAGGCAGAGAGCGAUGUGAGCGACCCCCAGCGGCUUUCAAGAGGGACCACUCCGGUCGAUAGGGUAUUGGUCAACAAAGGGAGGUCACUGGAGGAAUGCACGGACAGGUUCCGGCAUCUGUUGAUGUACGGCAGGAAAAAGGAUGCAUUAGACUGGGCAAUGAAGAACAACUUGUGGGGCCAUGCCCUGUUCUUAGCUAGUAAGAUGGACCCCAGGGCACAUGCUAGUGUCAUGAUGAGGUUUGCCAAUGUGGCCAUGCGGAUGAAUGACCCGUUACAGACGCUAUACCAACUUAUGUCCGGCAGACAGCCUGCGGCAGUAACAUGUGUGACGGAGGAGAGGUGGGGAGACUGGCGCCCCCAUCUGGCCAUGAUCCUCUCAAAUCAGACCACUAAGACAGAGCUCGACCGCAAGUCCAUCACCACACUCGGUGACACCCUAGCAUCAAGGGGAUUCCUGCACGCGAGCCACUUCUGCUACCUGAUGUCGCGAGUAGGCUUCGGCACGUAUGCACGCAAGUCAUCCAAGAUCGUGCUCAUCGGCUCUAGUCACGGUCUGCCGCUGGAACUCUUUGCCAACAACGAGGCCAUUCAGUGUACAGAGAUAUAUGAGUACGCCCUGGCCCUUGGCAAUGUGCUCAUGGCUCUGAUAAGUUUCCAGACGUACAAGUACCUGUAUGCUUCCAGACUGGCUGAUUACGGAUAUGCUCAAGAGGCCCUGCAAUACUGUGAAGUGAUAGCCAGACAGAUCAACACCAGUCCUGCCUACUUCCCUCACACUCUAGUCAAACUCAUCUUUGAUCUGUCAAGCCAGUUGAAGUUCAGUGACCCACGUAUGGAGGAGGAGGAGGACGUUCAGGACCCAGAGUGGCUGAGGGCAUUGCAUGCUACUCUCGUGCAAUUUGAGGAAGGUGCAAUACAGCCCCAGUCAGGGGCAGCAACCCCCGCCUAUUUUGGAGGUCGCACCACGGCAAGCAGUGAGAGUGGAGAGGUUGGCAUGUACAUGCAGGCUGGAGAACACGCCAUUCCUCAGGAGGCGACCUACGUGGGUAACACAAUGGUGGGUGCAUACACUCAGGAUCCACAGUACGCCCACGGGGCCUAUGAGGCCCAGGCUUACCAGACCACAGAAGGUCAGUAUAUCCAGCACUACGACCCCUCACAGGCCUACCCUGCAGAUGGUCAGACAGGGGAGACCACUGGCUACGUGAUGCAAGGGGCAGACAACCAGCAUCAGUACCAGCAGGGCAUCUAUGGGCAGACUCAGUGGCAGGAACAGCCCAAGGUGACCAAUGAGAAUCAAGCACAGACUGAGGCAGCCAAUCAGAAUACAGCUGGCUUUGAUCAGACUGCUGGCCACUUUCAGCCAUACGUGCCUAAUCAGAAUGCCAAUCACUGGUCACACAGCCAAAACAAGCUGACCGGUUUCCCACAAGAUGUCAACCUCGGGGAAAGCCAAAACUCCGCAAUCACGUCACAGUCAAACCAGUCUGAAAAACGCAGCAGCAUUGCUUCCAACUCCAGCAUUUCACAAGAAGAACAGGAAGAUACCGUAGAUGCUCAAAACCCGGGAAAUUUCUACUCACAUCAGCCAAGUAUAUUCGACCUUCAGCCUGCGCAGACGAGGAUCAUUGCCCCGAAGUUGCGACCCCGUACUAUUUCUGAGAGUAGUAAUGGAAGUGGUGGUGGUGGCCGGGACAGGCAUCCGUCUGGGGGCAGAAAUUUGAACCAGUCAAAAUCGAAGCCGGAUAGUUAUAGUGGUAAUGAGAGCCUGGGCGGAGGAAAGCAGAAGCCCGCAGCAGCAGCGGGUGGGGGGCUGUUUGCCAAAAUAGGAGGCCUGUUUUCCCGUAAAAAUGAGAUGAAGUUGCCCGAUGACAAGGAGCCUGCGAUCGUGUGGGAUCCGGUGAAGAAGCGCUGGGUGGACAAGAAUGGGGACGACAAGGAGGAGACCCCUACUGCCCCACCCCCCAAGGACCAUGAACUCCCUGGCACAGGUAUGCCCCCUCAACCCACAGGUAUACCCACCAUGGAGGGUCCCAUGACCAGUAACCAGGGUAACAGUGAUUUCCCGCCCUCGGGCCCCAACAAGUUCUCAAGGAAAAACGCGAAAGGAUUUGGAGCCCGCAAGCAGUACGUGGACGUGUUGAACCCCAACUCCACGGGCGGCCACAGCGUGCCCAGCGGGCUCUUUUCCACCCUGCCCAGCUCACACUCUGCGCCCGCUAUAUUUAACCCCAUGGGCUUCUCAGAUGGCGGUUCCGAUACCUCUCAGUCCCAGGAAGCAGAUGACAGUGGAAGCAGGGGUGACAACCCUUCCCAAGCUCAAACUGCAAGCUCAAUGUUACCGCCCUUGCAAGAAAAUUUGUCCAGAGACAGCUCUGGUAGUUCUCUUUCAAAAGAGGUCCAAAGAAUCCUUAAGGUGUCCUCUGAGGCCACUCCCGCGAACCAAUCAGCUUCUGGCAUGCCCGCCAUGUUUGACCCGACCCAGUUCCAGUCAACCAAUCAGGGGUUCAAGCAGCCUGCCCCGCCCCCGAGUCAGGGCAGACUGUCAAACAGACGUGUGUACCCUAAACAAUAAUACUGGAAACAUUGGGUGUUUUGGGGAAAAUAGGGCAUUUGACAGAUCAUGGUGGAUUUGAAAAAAAAAGCAAAAAAGACAAGUGUAAUUUAUACUAAGAAUAUUGAAGAGGAACAUGUACAAAUUUCAAAGCUAACCAAUUAUUAAGCCAUAAUGAUAGGUGGAAAUUCAAAAUUGUAAUUUUUGCUAUAAAUAUUGGAAUUAAUCGAACAUGGGAAACAUUCAAAUUUAAAUUCCAUUAUGAAUGAAAUGGAGGAACCAAGUUACAAUAUUAAACCUGAUUAACUCAGUUUUGGAUGAGUUCUUCAUGCAUUGAUGUUUAAUACUUAUCAGAGAAGACAUGCCAAACAAUUGAUUAGAGGCGUAUUCAGAAGUUUAUUUUCAGAAUGAUUUUUUUCAGAAGGCAAUAUGUCUGACUAUAUUUCAACCUGUGGGAUAUCACUAUUUUGCUUUAGGGUCAAUUGAACUUGCAAUAUAUGCUAGAGGUUUCAUCCUGGUGAUGGUACUAGUCUAGAUUAUUUAGAUAUUAACAUAAGCCUCGAAUAUCAUUGCUAGAUUAUAUUGGCAUGAUCAAUUGGUUUUUGGUCUCAUUCAUAUGCAUUAAGAUCAGUUGACACGUAAUUUAUUAAAUGAAUUUCAAACUGUUGCGCUGAUAAUUUUCACAUUUUAUGCUCAUUUUUUUUAUGCAUUUGGGAUGUAAAAUCAUUGUUUGAUUCAGUUUUCUAGCUUCCUCUAUCUAACAACUUGUGUACAAAAAAUGUAAUAUUAAGAAUACUAAACAUUUUGUGACAAAGAAGCAAACAAUUCCCAACUUUUAUCCUAUUAAUGCAUCAAUCCUGGGGUAGAUAUUUUAUUCAUGAUUGUGGAUGUGUACUGUGUUUUCAAACUGACAUUCUUGUUCUUUGGUGUUCUCUUAUAAUUAAUUGAAUGUAAUAGUUUUUCUGACAGCCAGAAAAGUGGAAACACUGACCUACAAUUUAUGGUGAGCACAACUUAAGAGAUUAUUAAUGUGUUCACAUUUAUUCAAUUCACUUUAUAUUAAUAUAUAAUCAAAGUUUUAAUGCUAAUGAAAAGACAUUAUAUUAUAUAAAUAUGCAAAGACAUAAUAUAUUGUGAAAAUAUUUGUAUUACUGAAUCAAAUGGUACCUAAAGAAAAGUAUGUUAACCCUUUUAGGCUUCACCAUAAGUAUGUAUCGCAUUAGUUUUAUUUGGUCAAUUUUGAUAAAUAGUUGUUUAUAUAUUUCAAAAAUAAAAUUGUUAUGCCCCCUUUCGAAGAAAAGGGGGCAUAUAGUGAUCGGACUGUCCGUCACACUUUGCAUUUAGGUUUCAAAAAAUGCUCAAAACUUCUAUGUCCCUUGAGAUAAAGCCUUCAUAUUUGGUAUGCAUGUGUAUAUGGACAAGGCCUCUCCAUGCGCACAACAAUUUUGACCUCUGUGACCGUGACCUUGAACUUAGGGUCCGCGUUUAGGUUUCAAAAUCUGCAUUUAGGUUUCGAAAAAUGCUUUAACUUCUAUCAAAGCGUUUCUAGGGGCAUAUGUCAUCCUAUGGUGACAGCUCUUGUUUUACAAUGAGUUAAUUAAACAUGUACCAAAAAUGGCUAUCACUAAAUGUAUCUUCACUCUCUUAUUUUACAACAACUACCAUUGUUUACACUUGACAGUUUUGUUGCAUGAUCACAUUGUUGUUUGUUUAUUUUCUUAUACCCCCUUUAGAAGAAAAGGGGGCAGAUAGUGAUCGGACUGUCCGUCUGUCUGUCUGUCCGUCUUUCCGUCACACUUUGCGUUUAGGUUUCCAAAAAUGCUCAUAACUUCUAUGUCCCUUGAGAUAUAGCCUUCAUAUUUGGUAUGCAUGUGUAUAUGGACAAGGCCUUUCCAUACGCACACAUUUUUUUACCCCUGUGACCUUGACCUUGAACUUAGGGUCUGCGUUUAGGUUUUGAAAUCUGCGUUUAGAUUUCGAAAAAUGCUCAUUACUUCUAUGUCCCUUGAGAUAUAACCUUCAUAUUUGGUAUGCAUGUGUAUAUGGACAAGGCCUUUCUAUACACACAAACAUUUUUACCUCUGUGACCUUGACCUUGAAAUUAGGGUCCGCGUUUAGGUUUCGAAAUCUGCGUUUAGGUUUCGAAAAAACUCAUAACUUCUAUCAAGCGUUUAUAGGGGGCAUAAGUCAUCCUAUGGUGACAGCUCUUGUUUGUUAAAAGAUUUACAAUACAAAGUCCGUUGUUAAUGGAAACACUGGUGUUCGUAAGUUAUGUUGUAUCAGCAGCUGGCUGUCAAACAGCUGUUGUUGUAUCUAACGUCUUGUUCUGUCUGUUUUGUUUUUUCGUCAUUUUUAUCACAUUCCAUUGAGCUAUUAUUACUCUCCUGAACAGACAUUUUUUUUUAUUAUGACUGUUUCAUCAUUUUGUUAUUUAAGAUGUAAGUAUGUUUUGGAAUGUCAAACGAAUACCUUGUUUUACAGUCAAUGAAAUACACAUAAUAUAGUGCUUGGUAACCACAAGUUUAAUUGGAUGGUUAUGUUAUGUUGUACCUAAAAUAUGUUUGCCAUAAUGGUACCCACUGCCUUGCAAUUGGUGAGUGGUUAAGUCACAAGUUAAAAAUGAGCCUUGUCAUGCAAAAAUGGAUAUGAGUUGUGUUCUGAGAAAACUGGGCAUAAUGCAUAUGCGUAAAGUGUCGUCCCAGAUUAGCGUGUGCAAUCCGCACAGGCUAGUCAGGGAUGACACUUUCUGCUUUUAUGACAUUUUUCGUUUAAAUGAAGUCUCUUCUUAGCAAAAAUCCUAUUUAGUGUCGUCCCUGAUAAGCCUGUGCAGACUCAUAUUAUCCCAUAUGCAGCCAGUGUAGCCCCAGACCAGCCUAGAUAUGGGCACAAUCUGGUCAGGAGCUACCCUGUCAGAUACAAGGACACGCAAGAUUUUGUGAUCUUGUUAGCGGACAGGGAAGCUCCUGAUCAGAUUCCGCAAAUCCACAGGCUAGUCUGGAGUAAAGCUGGCUAAAAAUGGCAUAUGACACAUUUUUGCUUGAAUCUUCUCAAAUUGUGCUGUUGGACAUUAUUUGUUGCCAUAGGAAAAAGUAGUCAUUUCACGUAGUAUUUAUUAUUUGCAAUCAUGUUGUAAUAUUAUGUGUAUAUUCAGAAACAAUUUAUUUAUUUUCUGACUUAGGCUGAUUCCCUUCUGAACCCAUACAAAAUCAAUCUAUCAUUAGCAUUUUCAUUUUAAUGUUUUUUGCUUAGUGUUAUUUUAGCAUUUUGGAUUUUUAUUUUUCAAAGAAAUAUUAUCACAUCAGAUUUAACUCUUUUUUUUUAAACUAUAAAAAUGGUUAAAAGUGUUAUAUAGAUAACUGAUGAGUUACAUUGGAACCAAUGUCAUCAAUUUUAAUUACAUGACUGUGCAUAACUUGUUGAUUUUGUUUUCUUACUAAAAUGGUUAAUAAAUACUUUGCAAAGAAAGUAAUUAAACAAAUUAAACAUGGAAUAAAAGAGUUUUCUUAAAUAAAAAUAAAGUUGUGUUUUUUUGAUGAUUUUUCAAUCAAAUACAGUCUAAACAAUAACAUUUAUCCUAAAUGAUUUGAAUUUUACUGUCAUAUGUAUCAAUAUUUUAAACACUUGCUGAUGUUUUUGAAUGCAAAUGACAUAUGUAUGCUCCCACCUAGUGGAAGGCAUUAUUCAUUGCACUUGUGCUGGAGCAUCAGUGUUUGUGGCAUAUUUCUAGUUUAUUUAUCAAACUUAUUGUUCAGAUCGCAGGCUAUAUUUGCCACAUGCUGGUCGUUUAUUUCAAAAUUAUUUGUUGUAUUUAAGGUGAUUUUAUUAUUUUAUUGUUAAGUUUGUCUAUGUGCAGUUUGUAAAAGAUACAUUGAUUCGAUGAAUGGAUGACAGUUUUAAGUGAGGAAUUUGUUAUAUAUUAUUAAAUCAGUCUUUGUCAAAACUUAUAUAUAUAUAUAUAUAUAUAUAUAUAUAUAUAUAUAUAUAUAUAUAUAUAUAUAUAUAUAUAUAUAUAUAUAUAUAUAUAUAUAUAUAUAUAUAUAUAUAUAUAUAUAUAUAUAUAUAUAUAUAUAUAUACCAUUUUAUUGUAUAAGUUAUACAGAUGUGGAUGUAUUGUAGUUGGAAAUGAUGACAAUUUAUGUGUACAUGUUGUUCAGUGUAGUUUACAAGAUGUGUGCAUGUGUGUGUGUGUGUGUAUGUGAUGAAACAAAUAUUACUGUUACAUAAUUGUAUAGUGUAAAUACAUGAUCUCUCCUGGUG